AACAUUUCAUCAAAUUUGAAAUGGAGGACGACUAGGGAAGCUUAUUCGGCAAUAAUUUUAGUUGGAGGUUUAAGUGAUCAGACUUCGUACAGGUAUCUAUUACCACCUUCAGUUUGCCGAUAUAAGUGCCUAAGAUUUCUCACAAAAUUUAAUGUCCUUUUGAAAGAGUCCUAUGUUUAUGUCUUUGAAGAAGUUAUAUUCUCUAAAGAUCCAAUGACACCAACGCUUGCUUCCUAA